UAGACCGACGGCCCGUGAUAAGAUUGGGGCAGCGUGCGUGUUGAUGUCCCAUGGGCCACUAAAGACGUUUUUUCGUUUUGUGCAACGCCCAUCAGACCUGUCUCAUAAUAGUUUUGACCACUACUAUGGGAGCGGACGCCAGCCUCCAGGGACGAAGGUGAGGCCUAAAGCACUUCGGCUCCCAGUCAUGGCUGCGUCACGGCCAGCUCCAUACUUUCAACUGAUCGACGGCAUUCCACGGUCGCCGCUGCUGGACCCAGACACAGUCCGCGCGGCUCUGAAGCAUCGACCCCGAGAUGGUGACGUCGUUCUAAUCACCUACCCGAAAUCCGGUAGCCACUGGACGCUACAGAUCGUCCAGCUUAUCCUAAACCGCGGCGAGAGCACCUCAAACUUCGCCGAACUUGUGAAACGAACGCCCUCCCUCGAGGCUCACGGUCCGAAGUCACUCGAAGACCUGCCAUUACCCAGGGUGGCAAGGACCCACUUUGAUCUGUUGCGGCACAACUUCAACGAAAAGGCCAAGUACAUCUAUGUGGCGCGCAACCCCUGGGACGUCUGCAAAUCAUUUUACCACAUGGCGAAGGGCGUUCCUAGAUUUCGGUUUCAGAACGGGACCCUGGAUGACUUCUUCGAGACGUUCUUGAACACGAACUACGGCUUUGGGCACUACUUUGAUCACGUUCUUUCUGGCCAUAGUUUUAAGGAUUACACGAACGUGCUGUUUCUUACCUUCGAAGAGCUGAAGGCGGAGAAACCUUCUGCGGUUCUGAAGAUAGCCUACUUCCUCGGCGUAGAGUACGGCAGGAUGCUGGAGGACGAUCCAGACAUUUUCGAUAGUGUGUUGAGGAAGAGUACCAUAGAAUAUAUGAGGGGUGCCUUCGACGUCGAUGCGAGAGCGUUUACAGCGGUGCUUACAAAUUUUCGUGAUGUGAAUGCGGGCGAUGCUUCAGGGACAAAGUCAAGUGGGGAAGAGAAUGCGCCGAAGCUGGAAUUCUUCCGAAAGGGUAAAGCCAAUGACUGGAAAGACGUUCUGACAGGAGAGCAGAUGGAACGCCUACGCGAUAAGGUGGCAGCACUGCCACAAGCUUCGAUAAUCAUUAGCCUAUGGAAGGAGUUGAAGAAACAAGAUAAUAAGAAGGUUAAACAGAGUCAUUGAGUAAAGUUGACAUUUGGGCUAGUUGGUAGUCUACCUUAUUGAAGGUAUUUAGCGCCUAAGCUAGAGAGAAAAACAGGAUAGAAGAGAGCGCUACUCAUAACUACGUUUACUGAAAAGAAAAGAAAGAGUAAGAAAAAUAAAAAAAAG